AUGAUAAAGAAAAGGAUUAGUAAAGAUUAAAAUAAUUGUAAAAAAUACAAAAAUUCUAAUAAAUCCAGGAAAUACUGGACAGAGGAAGAAGAUAAUAUAUUAAAAUCAACUGUUUCAAUGCAUGGGUCAGAUUGGAAACUUAUAGCAGAGUAUUUGAAUGGACGAAAUGCCAGUUAAUGUGCUUAAAGAUGGAAGAGAGUCAAGCCUGAUACAGUAAUAUUAGAUUAAUAUAAUUUCUAGGAAGAAAAAAAUUAAAAAUGGACAUCUGAAGAAGAUGAAGAAGUUAAGAGGUUAACAAAAGAAUAUAAGUUUGAUUGGAAGGUGAUUGCUCGUUUUCUCUCUAAUAGAACUGGAAGGCAAAUUAGAGAACGAUAUAUAAAUCAUUUAGACCCAAAUAUAAGUACUAAGGCAUGGAGUUAAUAAGAAGAUUUAAAAAUAUGGAACUUAUAUAAAAAGAUAGGUUCGAGAUGGUCUGAGAUGGCAAAGAAACUAAAAGGAAGACCAGUAAUUUUUUAAUUUAUUAUUUUUCUAGGAGAACAUGAUAAAGAAUAGAUUUUACGGAUAUAUUAGAAAAAAUUAUGCUAAGCAAGAAAAUCCUUACUAUAUUAUACCAAAUCAAAAGAGAUAGCUCAUUAAAGAGGAGGAUCAAGUUGAAAUGUUAAAUAAUUAAAAUACUCUUGAAACAGGAAUUGAAGAUAUUGAACCAUAAAUCAUGGAACAAAUUUAAUAAAAUAAAUCAAUAUAAUAAUAAGAAGAAUAAGUUUAAUCAGGCAUUAAUUCCAUAUUAUAAUCACUAUAAUCUGAUAAGUUAAAUGUUAGUAUUAUAAGUAAUCAUCAAGAUGUCCAUCAAUUAUAAUUAUUUCAUAAAAUGUUUAUUGAAUCGUCAGAAAAUGAGUUUUUAAAAGUAGAUCAUCAUCUUGUUAAUUUUUUAUCAAACGAAAGCAAUAUUAAUAGUUAUGCUAACAGUCAUAAUUAAUUUACAUUCACUCCUUAAAAAGAAGAAGAGAAUGAUAACUUUAUCAAUCAAUUUUUAUAAUUUGACGGUUCCUCUGUACCUGUACGAAUGAGAGCCGAUAUAUUUGAAGAAUUUUCUAAAUUCUCUUGA